CGGCUGAAGCGAGCCUCCAAGGGGAGGGCAACAUGUCAGCAAGCCACCACUCUCCUCCUCUCAACUGCAGAUGAUGUGUGCAUGUUUUGAGUGAACUACUGAUCUUUUGAAGAAGUUACUCCCUCCCAGCCCAUGCUGGUAGUUGUAAACCCUAAUUGGACAAACAGUCUUUUGAACAAAUUGAGCCUUGAUAGGAACCUACUGGCCGUAGCUUCCUCUUGCUUCAACUGGCUGCAGUUCAGAAAGACAGGAGUAGAGAGAAGCAGUCGGGAGCCCUGGCUGCAGCUGACUGUGGCACAGAGAGACAGGAGUAGAGAGAAGCAGUCGGGAGCCCUGGCUGCAGCUGACUGUGGCACAGAGAGACAGGAGUAGAGAGAAGCAGUCGGGAGCCCUGGCUGCAGUUGACUGUGGCACAGAGAGACAGGGGGAGCAAGCAACUCGGGAGCCAGAGCUGAGCUGAGCCGGAGAGUGGCCACUCAGAGUGGGCAGCACUAUGGAUCCGGGGGUGUGCGCUCUGGAACUCCUCGGGGUCCUCUUCUCCAUUGGUGCCUGGAUCUGCUCGCUGGCCACCACCAUCAUGUCCACCUGGCUGACCCUGUCCACCGACCUGCUGCCCGCGGAGAGCUACGAGCUGGGCCUGUGGGAGACAUGUGUGGUGCAGGACCUUGGAAUUCUGGAGUGCAGACCCUAUGACAGUCUCCUCGGCCUGCCCCCAGACAUCAAACUAGCCCGGAUCCUCAUGUGUGUAACAGUGGCCACUGGCCUCCUGGGUCUCCUGCUAGCCAUUCCUGGAAUCUACUGGGUCAACAGCUGCAACCAGGGGUCUGAGGGGUUGAGGGUGAAGAGAUUGAUGAAGAUGCUGGGGGGGAUAUUGUGCUUGGUCGCAGGGAUACUGGGUCUCAUACCUGUGUCUUACAUCGCUCACCUGACGGUUAUGCGGUUCUUCGAUGAGGCCGUGCCAGCCAUCGUGCCGCGAUGGGAGUUUGGGGAUGCCCUGUUUUGUGGCUGGACGGCAGGGUUUCUACACCUGGUGGCUGGCUCUCUGCUGGUCACCUCCUGCGUGUGCCUACAAGAUGAGCCCUGCACCUUACAAAUGCCCAUACCGCUACAGAGAAGACAUACACACGUACACACUACCAAUACCCCACAUAGGAAGAGGUCCAUGGAAUAUGUUUGAUAAGCUAUUGAGAUGUGAGAACAGUAUUGUCAGUAACCUCUGCCCUGUCUCUAUCAAUGGUGAAUAAAACGCUGCUUACCUAAAGCUUUUUCAUGCUUAUCUACAUUAGCUAAAGUUAUUGAGUACUCUUGCUGGGACAAAUCUUUCUCCAUAUAUUGAGACAGAAUUUGCAAACAAUGCUGGUACUUAUUUCAGUCAGUCAGACAGGGUUUUGUGCAUGUCAUGUUUGCAAAAAAUAUCACCUACAUUUAUCAAACAGAAAUUCUUUACGGAACCAAAGAGACUACAGUUUUUAAAGCUGCCAUUUCUUCCUAAUAUGUCGCUAUGCCUGCUGUAGGUACUGUGUAAGAGAUACUGUGCAAUGGUGACAAUUUGAUGACAAGCAGUAUAUUGUCUGUGAAAUUACUGUAAGCUUAAACUCUGACCAAGGUUGAUUAUACUGUAUGUCAAUAUAUCAAUGAUUGUCUUGGAUAUCAUAUCUUAUAUUAUCUCUUGAAUAUCUUAUCGCAAUACCAGUUGUUCUUUACAGCAUCUAUCAUCAUUGUUGUCCAAUUACUAAAUGAAGCCAGUUUGAAUGAAGCUGGUUUCUCACUAGGAAGUGCAUAAAAAAUUGAUCCCUUCUUGAUAUUGUUAUAGCCUACACAGUUACUCAAUAAACAAUGUGUUACAGGAAUAAUUAAUCAUACAAAUUGUAAAUAGAACAAAAGAGAAAAAGUAUAACAUAUUGUAGA